GGGGGGGCUAAAAAUUUGUCCCACGUUCCACGGUUAAGUUCUAGCAUUGCUGGUUAGAUCUCAUUAGAUCUGUAAACACUGAUGGUAUUUUAAACGAAUGACACUAACCAUGCUAUUGUCUAAAAUGACAUCUUUAAGGAUAAAAAUAUUAUCUUUUAAUUAUAACAUGUAGUUUUGUAUACUGGUACAAUAUACAGUUAAAUAACAAAUAGAAAUCACUUGACCUUGAUAGGUACAAGAGCGUUUAAAUCGACUUGUCAAAAUUUUUUAUGAUUUCCUAUUUGAAGUAUCAUUGAAUUUAAUCAGAAUGCAGCGGGACGAUUUAUUAAUUCAAGAAAUAGAAGGCAUAGAUGAUUAUUUGGGUCCAACUUUUCGAGCAAUUUAUGAUGGACACGAACAUCAAAAAUUUAUGGAAAAAUUGGAUGAGCGUAUCAAAGCCCAUGAUAAAGACAUUGAAAGAAUGUGUAAUCACCAUUAUCAGGGUUUUAUAGACUCGAUCAGAGAACUGUUACAAGUUCGUUCCCAAGCACAACAACUUAAUGCCGAGAUAUUAGAACUUGAUAAACGUAUUACCGCUACUGCCACCAAAGUAAUAGAGAAAGGAGAGGAACUUGUUAAAGCUCGCAAAGUAGAGAGUAACAUGGCUGCAGCAGUGGAUAGCCUUACCAUGUGUCUUCCUGUUUUAGCUGCCUAUGCAAAGUUACAAAAACAACUGAAAGAUAAACGUUACUACCCAGCAUUAAAAACAUUAGAACAAUUAGAGCAUCAUGAUUUACCAAAAGUAACAAAUUAUAGAUUUUCUUCACAAAUUACUCAACAAAUUCCACAACUACGUGAAAAUAUAAAGGAUGCUUCCAUGUCUGAUUUAAGAGACUUUUUAGAAAAUAUUAGAAAAUACUCGCCAAAAAUUGGUGAAGUAGCUAUGAGACAUACUCAAGAACAGCUAAUUAUUGAAGCCGAAAUUGUUGGCCGAAAGAAAAAGAGACCACACGUAACAAAUUCCUUGUCAAAUGAAUGCGAAGAAGAAUUAAGUGCCCAAGAUUUAAUGGACUUCAGUCCAGUUUACCGUUGUAUGCAUAUUUAUACUGUACUUCGCGAAGGAGAAACAUUUAAAGCUUACUACAGGCAACAGAGAAAGCAACAAGGAAGAUUAGUUUUACAAUCUCCUAUUAAUAUGCACGAAAGUAUAACUGGCUAUCAAACAUAUCUACAAGGAAUUGUGGGCUUCUUUGUAGUGGAAGAUCAUAUUUUAAAUACUGGCAAUGGUUUAGCCACUCGUUCUUAUUUAGACGAAUUAUGGUCCAUGGCACUAUUAAAAAUAGUAAAUGCAUUACGUACUCAUUCCGCAUAUUGUACAGACGCAACUCUCAUUUUGAAAAUAAAGAAUCUUAUAAUGUUGUUCAACACUACUUUAAGUAAUUAUGGAUAUUCUGUAGGACAAUUAUGGGAUUUAUUGCAAGAAAUUCGCGUACAUUAUAAUGAAGUUCUGAUGCAACAUUGGGUUCAAGUAUUUAGAGAUAUCUUAGAUGAAGAUAGUUUCUUACCAAUUCAAGUUACUACUCAAGAAGAAUAUGACAAUAUCCUUGAUUUAUUUCCUUAUCACGAUGAAGAAUUACAGAGAGCAGAAUUUCCUAAAAAAUUUCCAUUUUCAGACAUGGUACCAAAGGUUUAUCAACAAGUCAAAGAAUUUAUUUAUGCUUGUUUAAAGUUUUCAGAAGAUUUAAAUUUUUCACAAACGGAAAUAGAUGAAAUGAUCUGUAAAUCGACAAAUUUAUUAUUAACAAGAACUUUUAGCGGAUGUUUAUCAUCCUUGUUUCGAAAACCAUCAUUAGCGUUAUUACAAGUUGUUCAGAUUAUAAUAAAUACAGGGUACCUUGAAAAAUCUACCAAGUAUUUAGAAGAAUUUGUGUCUAAUAUCACAGGAACACCACACGAAGGACAGUUAAGUAGUAUGGGUGUCGAAUCAGCUAUGUUUAGAGUAGCUAGAGAUGAUGCCGAGAAACAAAUUUGUGAGAAAUUGAAAAACAAACUUGAUGAAUUCUUGGAAUUAGAAAAUUAUGAUUGGAAUUUAGCGGAACCUCAAGGGCAUGCAUCUGGAUUCAUUACAGAUCUCAUAGCGUUUUUACAAAGUACUUUUACUUGUUUCACUAAUUUACCAGAAGAAGUUGCACAAGUUGCUUGUAAAUCAGCCUGUUCUCAUAUAGCAAAGGCUAUAUUAGGUAUAUUAAUUAGCGAAGAUGUAAAGCAGAUAUCUAUGGGUGCUCUUCAACAAGUCAAUUUAGACACUAUACAAUGUGAGCAAUUUGCUGCAUCGGAACCUGUUGUCGGUUUACCUGAAGGUACCUUACUUCAAUAUUUUGCACAGUUAAGACAAUUACUAGACUUAUUCAUGAGUUGGGACUGGCCUACUUAUUUCCAUGAUUAUGGUCAUGAAUCAAGUAAAUAUAAUUUGGUAACUCCAAAUAUGGCUGUACUUUUGUUAGAUAAGUUAAAAGAAUCUGAUAAAAAGACGGUAUUUUCCGUACUAAAAAAGAGCGAGAGAGAUAAGAAGAAGCUUUUAGAUACUGUAUUAAAACAAUUACGCCAAUUAGCACAAACUACUCAGCAGUAAAUAAAAAAACAGUCAGUAUGUAUAUACCUCAAAAAAGAUUGUAAAUACAUAAUUUUUAAUAUAUA